CCAAACCAGCGGCUCCCUCUAUAAAAGGGGCAGAGGGUCCCCUUCUUCCUGGUCUUAUCAACCCAUCCUGUUUGUUUGAGAAGAAAUGGAGCUCUUUUAUAUGUUUUGUCCACCUUUGCUUCUGAUCCUUUCUCUGAAAUACUCAGCCCCCGCCCCUGCUCUUUUUGCACUGCCCCGCACAUCCAGCUGGAGAGACUUCUACAUUGCACAGGAUUACCUUGAAAAGUAUUAUACACCAAAAGGAGAACACAAGGUUGGAGAAAUGACAGCAGGUGGCAAUUCAAUGACAAAGAAAGUUCGGCAAAUGCAGGCAUUCUUUGGCUUGCAAGUGACCGGGAAACUGGACUAUAGGACCAUGAAUGUCAUCAAGAGGCCUCGGUGUGGUGUCCCUGAUGUUGCAAAUUAUCGCCUCUUCCCAGGAGAACCUAAAUGGAACAAAAGUACAUUGACAUACAGAGUAUCCAAAUAUACAUCCAGUCUGAGUCAUGCAGAAGUUGACAAGGCAGUGGAGAUGGGGUUAAAAGCCUGGAGCAAUGCUGCCCCACUGAACUUUGUCAAGACAGACACUGGAGAAGCAGACAUUAUGAUAUCCUUCCAAAGCGGAGAUCAUGGAGACUCGCAUCUACUUGAUGGUCCAAUUUAGGGACUCUUAGCGCAUGCUUCUUUGCUCCCUGAGUAGCUGACCGGUGGAGACACCCAUUUUGAUAACGCUGAGAAGUGGACGAUGGGGAUGAAUGGGUUCAACUUAUUCACUGUUGCCGCUCAUGAAUUUGGCCAUGCGCUGGGCCUUGCCCAUUCUACUGACCCGUCAGCAUUAAUGUAUCCCACAUACAAAUACCAGCAUCCCUUUGGUUUCCGCCUCCCCAAAGAUGACGUGAAAGGGAUUCAGGCACUAUAUGGGUCACGACAAUCUGGAUCCCGAGUCCACCAACAACCACUUCCCAAACCACCAGCUCCAAUUGAUCCAGACCACUGUGACUCCAGGGUCUCAUUUGAUGCUGUCACAGUGCUAGGAAAAGAGCUUCUUUUCUUCAAAGACAGGGUCUUCUGGCGAAGACAAGCUCAACUCAAAAGUGUGCGGCCGCUCUCCAUUACAAGCUCUUUCCCUCAGCUCAUGUCAAAUGUAGAUGCUGCCUACGAAGUACCUGAGAGAGAAGUCGCUUAUUUUUUCAAGGGCUGGUAA